UCAUAUUUCCUGGUAUUUACGACGUGAUUUAUUGAAAUUUGAAUAUUUAAAACAAAAUUGAAUUGAAAAGUAAGUAAGUUUUACCAUAAUUCAAAUCUUUCCUACACAAAUUAAAUAAAAACAUACCCAAAUUUUAUUAUCUUCAUAACAACCAUCCCUUAUUUCAAUGCCCAAGGCAAGAGUUGUAUCAUUGGCCCAAGUGGAGGCACUAUUGUGCCUCCUUGAAACCCACGUUGAUAUAGCCCGAGGGCGCAUGAUAGGGGGCGCUUUGGCUAGCCUAAGAGUUGAGGAGUUUUGGGCCAAUGUCGCCUCAAAUCUCAAUAGCCUUGGGGAUGGGGCCACCAAGUCACCAAAAGCUUGGAAAACGUACUGGUAUGAACUGAAAUAUAAGGCGCGCAAGCGCGAAACUGCGCUACGGCAGCAUGCCCGCGGGACGGGUGGCGGGCCACCAAAAAGACCUCUGUCUCUAACGGAGGUCCGUAUUUUGCAGAUAGUCGGAGAGGUAUCGUACUGUUACAUCCCUUAAUUGUAAGCUGGGGAGCUGACCCAGCAGCAGCUCGAUCUUGACGAGGUGUCGGAUCGGGUGGAUUCAGUCAGUCCGGUCUAACAACUCAAAGAGGUUGCACGUCUCUUAAAAUCUUAAUGUAUUUCUAAGUUUUUUCCAAGUACAUUAAAGUUAAUCUUAUUCUGUGUAAAACCA